GCUGCUCCAGUCUGGCAGCCAGGCGGCCGCUGCCUCCGGCCGGAGCCGCCGCACUUGGGAAGCGAUUCCCGGCCCCGCGCUGCCGCCGGGAUGGGGACGCCGCUGGCGGCUCCCGGGUUGCUGCUCCUCCUGGCCGGCACCGCGGGGCUCUGCCGGGCGCUCUUCUCCCUCCCGCUCCGCGUGUCCCACCCCGCCGCCCCCGCCGGCUCGCCGCCCGCCCCGGUGGUGCUGCGGCCGGCGAGCGGCAGCCGGCAGCAGGAUGCCCCCGGGGCUGCCGACGGCUUGGCCUUGGCCUCGGAUCCCGGCGGCACCCUCAACUUUUUAGCCAUGGUGGAGAACCUUCAGGGCGACUCCGGCCGCGGCUACUACCUGGAGAUGCUGAUCGGGACCCCGCCGCAGGCGUUAAAUAUUCUGGUUGACACUGGGAGCAGCAAUUUUGCUGUAGCAGGUGUGCCUGAUCCUGAUGUCACGUCCUACUUCAAUCCCGAGCUGUCAAGCACAUACAGAUCUGAAGGGAUUGAAGUCACAGUGAAGUACAGCCAAGGCAGCUGGACUGGAGUGCUGGGCACAGAUGUCAUUACCAUGCCCAAAGGACUCUAUGGCAGCUACACCAUCAACAUUGCCACUAUCCUCGAGUCAGAGAAUUUCUUCCUGCCAGGGGUUAAAUGGCACGGGAUCCUUGGUCUUGCCUACGAUGCCUUAGCCAAGCCUUCGAGUUCUGUGGAGACAUUCUUUGAUUCCCUUGUGAGGCAGGCAAAGAUCCCCAACAUUUUCUCCCUGCAGAUGUGUGGUGCUGGACUCCCUGUUUCUGGAAGUGGUACCAACGGAGGUAGUCUUGUCCUGGGUGGAAUUGAGCCAAGUCUGUACACGGGGGAUAUCUGGUACACACCCAUCAAAGAGGAGUGGUAUUACCAGGUUGAAAUCCUCAAACUGGAGGUCGGGGGACAGAACCUCGAACUGGACUGCAGGGAGUACAAUGCUGAUAAAGCCAUAGUAGACAGUGGAACCACUCUCCUUCGACUGCCAGAGAAAGUCUUCAGUGCUGUGGUGCAGGCAAUAGCUCGCACGUCCCUGAUACAAGAAUUCUCUUCCGGUUUCUGGACUGGUUCACAGCUUGCAUGCUGGGAUAGAACUGAAAAACCCUGGUCCUUAUUUCCCAAACUCUCCAUUUACCUGAGGGAUGAAAACUCCAGUAGGUCGUUUCGGAUCUCUAUCCUACCACAGCUUUAUAUUCAACCCAUCCUUGUGAUAGGAGAUAAUUUGCAGUGCUACCGAUUUGGCAUCUCCUCCUCCACAAACGCUCUGGUCAUUGGUGCUACAGUCAUGGAAGGAUUCUAUGUCAUCUUUGACAGAGCCCAGAGGAGAGUGGGCUUUGCAGUGAGCCCCUGUGCAGAAGUUGACGGCUCUCCCGUGUCGGAGAUCGAAGGCCCUUUCUCAACAGCAGACGUCGCCAGCAACUGCGUUUCCAGCCUUUCCUUCCACGAGCCGGUGCUGUGGAUCGCCUCCUAUGCCCUGAUGAGCCUGUGUGGGAUCAUCCUGCUCGUCCUGAUCAUCCUGCUGCUCAUCCCACCCCGCUGCCAGCACCGCUACACGGACAAUGACGUGGUCAACGACGAGUCCUCCCUCGUGCGCCACCGGUGGAAAUGAGAGGCUGGAUCCUGAAAACUGAGACUUAAAACAAGACCAAGGACAAAGAGCUCUGCCAAGGGGAAGAAGCCAAUGCCUCCUCAGUCCUUUCUACGUUCCUUACAAAACGCUGUUGAAAAUCCCACCAAAUAUCCUGCAUCAUGACUUUUAUAGCUUUAUUUUCUAACACCAGUUCUGAACCAAAGCACUGUUAACCACCUCUGAAGUGCUACGGUACUGGAUUUGCUACUGCAGUACAACGAGCCUUUAUGGUCUCUACAGUACCUUGUUUAACAAAAAAAAACUUUAAAAAAAGUUUAAAAAAAAAAAGAUAAAAAACCACACCAUGAUGUUCUUCCACUGUCUGAACAAAAUUGUCCAUCUCUCUUUCACAAAGAAAAAGGAGCUGUCAGUAUUUUCUAACUAAUCAAGCCCUGACUGUAGGAAAAGAGAAAAAAAAUUAAUAAUCUUUCUUAUUAAUUGCAUUAAAUGAAUACUGCUUUCUGUUUACAUCAGUUUAUUUUGAAACUGUGCUUAUGGUAUGGGGGAGGGAGAAAGUCAGACUUAAGCAGCAGAGGAAAGCAAGUGAGAUCAAGAAGAAAUGUUGGUUUGUGGUUUCUUGCCCUCAAGAUCACUGCUGCCACUUGAGAGGGUCACCCUCCCUGAGAAUUGUAACAAAACAGUCCAAGGUGGUGAAAACUGGGAAACAAACUUGUUCAGCCUUAGAGUAAAACAAGACUACCUCUCUUAAUUUACAAGGAUGCUACCACUGGUAAGUGUGUGGAUUAGAACUGGUCUUGAAGCACAAAGAUGCUCCAUAGAACCAAACAGAACUGCUUGGCUUUGAAAUUUUUUUGGAUUUUAUAAAAGUUAAUACUUCAUGACUUUCCACUUCGGUGCACAAAAAAAAAAAGAAACCUUUCAGUUUCCCCCCCCUCAUGUGGGGUUUGUUGUUUUUUUUCUGAGUUGAGUUUGAUAUUUAGAAAAGGCUGAUCUGCUUAUGUAUGGACAGACAAGAGAGCAAGGUCUGUGUUCUGCUGUAUUUCUAGAGAGCAUGUAACAAAAAGAAAACUAAAUAAGACACGUUCUUUUGUUUUAAUUUGGCUGAGCUCAGCAACCUAGAAAUUCAAGGGAGAAGUACCUGUCUUUAUGGACAGGCUGUGAAGUGAAAGUCUUUAUGCUGGCUUGUUUUUCAGCUUGAGCAGCAGUUGGAAGUGUUCAUUUUGGUGUCAAUCAAAUGAAAAGUGUAUGUCCUGCCUGGCUGAAAACAAACAUGUAGGUGGGACGGGAAACAACAGUGGGAGAGAGCAGGGCAGAAUGUAUUUGACCAGGCUUCCAUUCUGCAAGUGCACAUCGUCAUGCUGAGGUCAGAACGAGGUGUUUUCUUUGCAGAUAGGACAAUUUUUCUUUUCUUUUCUCUAGUUGCAGGACCUCCGUGGCUUCUCUGUAACACCGGCCUAAGUGUUUGGAUUGGAAAGAUAAACAAUGCAACAUUGAGGAUUUUUUUUUAUAAAGAAAAAGGAAAAAGUAUUCCUUUGCAUUUUGAUAGCAGAGCAGUUUGCAUAUCUGUAUGGGAAAUGAAGGAAAAAAGCUUAGCUCUGAAUUUCCCAAUCCCUCGCCUAGACGAUUUUCUGCCCAAAAUCCCUUCAUAUAGCUCUGAUUCACACUGCCUCUGCAUCUGACUCUGCAUGGAAUAAGGAAAGAUUUUUUAAUUUUUUUUCCAGAAAUGGUGCAUUUACAGAGGUGCACGUCAUGUGUGCGAAAAUAAAAACACUGUGGGGGGUUUUUUAACUGACUUGUGUCUUUCACGUCAUAACUGGAAGUGCCUGUGGUUUUCUUUUCAAUUCUUGCACUUUCAGAUUGCUUGGCUCAAUAGAGUAAAAUAAUUGAUGCUGUGAUCCAACAUCUGAAAAUGAUUUCUCUUGGAAUUCGGAGUUGGAAACAGGAGGGAAUUUUGAGUUUGUCUCCUUCUUCCUCUGCCUCUUAGUUUUUAGGAGGAGAAAAAUUGUGAAUUACAUGAAAUAAGCCAUAGAGCUUAGCUGUUUUCUCAGUGUUCUAUCUUCCAUAUCUCUUUCUUAAUAUAUUUUAAUUAAGAGUUCCACGUUGUCCUCCUGGGUUUGGUUUUACACGUAACAAAUAACUUCAGAGUUGUAUUCCUUCUUUUUCUACAGUAUGGCAAUAGAAGUUAUUCUUCUGUCACUUGUUUCAAACAGAAACACAGUAUGGAUUUUGGGUGGAUGCAGUGUUAAACAAUAAACCCUCUUUCAUUUCAGAAAGUAAAAACAACUUGUAUGCUCUUAAAAAGUUUCAUCACUGCUCCCCUCACCCCACAACCUCUUAUCUCCUCACCACAAUGAGUUUUCUGAAGGAAUUCAUUGGGAAAGGUUCUGAGGAGGGUUUUUAAUGACAGCUGAGGUUUCUUCUGAGUUGGUUAACAAAGUCUUCUUAGUGCACUGGAUUUCAUUUAAAAGAUUCAAGUGUUACUCUUUCCCUUAGAAUAUCAUUGGUCAAGGUAUUUUAAGAGAAACACUUGAAUGAAGAGGAGCAAUAAUCAAGUAGGACAUAUGAAAUACUAACAUAUUCUUGAGUUUUCCUGCCAUUCCUUCAUAAUUAAAAUGUGGCUUAUAGUAAAAAUGCUGGGAGUGACACCUGUGAGCAGCACAAACUUCAUCUGGGCUUGUAAAUUGAUACUUACGCUGGCAGAUAUUCAGGUGAGCAUUGCUCUGUUGCUCCGGCAACAAAGAGAGCAAUAGAAACCCUUGAGGGUUCCUUUUUAGCCUACAACACAUUAAGAAAAAUAAUGCUCUUUAGCAGUUUUGUACAGAAGAUGAAACGCAGUGACAGACUACACUAUAACCAAGUGUAAUCACUUGGUAACUUGUAGUGAUCUCUUUCCCUGAUAUAUUUCAAAAAAUACAUAUGUUGUGAGGUAUCUUAUGCUCCUGUUAACCAACUUCAGGUGUAAGAAUAAACCACACCUUGAAAAAAAAAAACCCUAAAAAAAGGAGGGAAGAGGAGUGAAAAAAACCAGAGCAUUGAGUAAAGAUGAUACUGGAAAAUAUCCUUUGUUUAUUAUGGAAGGCAGGUGCUCCAAAUCACAGCACUCCAAACCAUCCCUUGUACACGUGUCCAUAUUUCUUGCUGACCCAGCUCUCCUCUGAUGGGAAUGUAACACCACGUCCCCGGAAAGCGUCAGAAAGCCGUGUGCCCCUGGCUGCAGCCCUGCAGGGAAUUUGAUGCCAUCGGUGCAAUCGCCAGGAAUUUGAGGGGGUGUGGUUUGAGUUCGAGUGGUUAAACCUGAGCCCAGCCUUCGGAAUAGGUUAAUCCUAUCCCCCUGCCUUCGCAAGUUUUAGAGUUAUCAUGGGGGUUUUUUUGGCGCAAUUUAAAUGCUGAGGGAAAUAAAUGAGGCAUUUUAAUAAGGCUUUUGUUUAGGUGCUGUAAAAGAAGUUAGGUAGAGGGGAUUGUUCUGUUUUUAAGGUGAAGGACUGUGCUUAGGAUGUGCAUGUUGGAUCAACCUAAAUGCAACGUAUAAGGGGUUUUGGUAUCUCUUGUGCUCAACAACUGUAAAAUUUAUCGUCUAAAGUUAACCUGUGAGUACCCCACCCAGUUCCUUGUUGUGUAUGCUGGUUUUGUUUCACUGAAGGAUGAGCCAUUUGUCUGCCAACCUUUUCCUUUUAAAUAUUAAAAAGCUUGUGAGAGUUGCUUAACACAGCACAUUUCCAGAGAAAGAGAGAGAGAGAGAAGUCUUUAAAUUUUCCAAUAUUACAAAAUGAUUGUGCUGCUGGAAGUUUCUUUGAUUUCUGUAGGGUUUCCAACAACUGGGCUGGUUGGUUGUCAUAUCCUCAUCUCAGCCCUGAAUAUAAAUAGCAAUAUGAGCUGUGUAAUGAAAGGUGUUAGUACAGUGACCUAUGGAGGUAGAAGUAAAGGAAAUUAUGGAAAGAAAAAUAAAUAGGAUGCCUUUAGUUUCAUUAAAAAUGGCAAGAGCAUAACAGGUUGAUCCUUUUCAGAAGUACUGUACUUUUUACCAAGACAUUAGUUGCUGUCAGACUUGACUCUCUGAUUGAUAAAUUGUUCAUUUCUGGCUGCUGAAGCCCUUGCUGCUGUUGAGAGAAGUGAAGACAGAUUGGUAAUGGGAUACAAGCAAUCUUCUGAGCCAGUUAGAUUUGCUGGCUUUUGAGGCCUAAUUAGAUGCUAAUCCAGGCUUGUGAGCAGUCCAGCAUCCUGCUUAUAGCUUUGGGAAUGCUAGCAGAAAUACUUGGCUUCAGCCAAACUUCUGGAUGGGAUGGCUCCAAAACACAAAAGCCAGAGAGCAACAGCAGCUGCUGAGAAGCUGCUGUAGGUGCAACAUCAGCCAGUCCCCAGUUCCUUUGAUAAGGGUCCACUUGCCUGGAUGUUUUGGAAACCAGCACUCCAAGGUGCCUGUUGGUGCUACUGGGAAUUAUCCACUCCCAGGUGAACAAAGGGCAACGAUCAUCUUUAGGUAGGAUCGUUGCCCACCUGCUGAAUAUUCCCCUCUCCAUAUAACAGGGCACACACAGCUGUUUCUCACCCCAGCAGUGGCCAGUUUGUAAGCAACAGGACAGGAUCUCAUAAAACAUGCUGACAUCAGUGACUGUGCAGUAGUGAUACAAAAAUGGUUUGCAUUUGGCUGGAUCUUUGUGGUCAGGUAGUCUUUGAAAUACUGGGAAUUUUAGAUUAGACUAGGGAAGCACACACAGAAUUUCUUUUGAGCUAGGCAAUGAGAAAAACACAAAAGGUAAUUUUCGGAAUUUAAAAAGAAGUAGCCCUCAAUAAGUGUUCUUUUUUUUUUUUUUAAUUUAUAACAAUCACUUAAAAUAAAUAUAUUUUAGUAUGUUUGCUGUCUUACUUAUUUUCUGGGUGUAAAUCUGAUUUUUCUAAUUUGUCUUCUGGCCCACUCACCCCUUCUCUUUCCCAGAAAACCAAAAGUUCCUAAAAGCUGACGACCUCCAUAUUCCAAAUUCAGCCUUCUAACAAAAGGUACAUUUUUCUUGUUUACCAUUUCACAGACCUGUUUUAAAGUAGUUCCUUAGCACUUGAAAAAUUAGCUGCAGGUUGAAAAUACUUGCAGUGCCAUUAGGAGAAGAAUCGGAGCCAAAGCUUUACCUGUGCCAAUGCUCCCUGAAUUUUACUGUGUGCCAAGAACUCCUUUGUGCAUUUGACUACGUUCCCUGGAUUUCUUUCACUUCCCACGUGGAAAUAACUCCCUGGUCCUGUACAUUCUCCUUUUUCUCUGCCCUUGGGAAAUAUGAGGGUGGAGAGGAGGACCACAAGGAGCUGUGAGAGCUCCUUCCGUGACAUUUUUUGUCCUAAAAACAACUCCAGCUGAGCAACUGAGUUUGCUCUGAUUUUACAGCAAUGUGUACUUAGGCAAAACACUUGAACAAAUGACAUUGUUUGUAACAAUGCUCUCAUCGUAUCCCCCUCUGAUGAGGGAAAUUUUCACAGGGCCAAGUCAAACCUGCAAAGGGCAUGUUUAUCCCUGUGUUCUCAGAGAGGGAUUAUAGAGCUGAAUGUUUAAAUGGUUAUUUGCAGCAUGGUUGUCCUUUGGAAAAUUCUGUGGUAAAAGAAAAAUGGACUUGAGAAUGUUGAAGAGGAAAUACAAAGACAACUAACAAUUUCUUGACAGCACAAAGGCAUGGAUUAGUGCAAUAUGUGCUGGGGAAAAAAUCGCUUUGGUAGCCAAUACUCUGUGUGUGUGCAUAAACUAUACAAAGUUCAGUGUUUAAGACUUACCUGAAACAGGCAGUUCACAUUUUUUAUUGCAAAUUUUAUAUGGAGAUGCAGAGAUCUUUUAAGGUUUUAACACUACAUUAACUGUUGUUUGAUAGUUAUUCAGGAAGUGUGGAAAGGAUUUCACCUUUAAGGAAAUUAUUCCAACUUAGAGAGGCAUUUCUUCACCUGUUGCUUUGUUUUGGUUUUUUAUUAGACAGUGUUUUUAACAUUGACUGAAAAGAAAAUGGGAUCAAAACUUUGAAAACAGGGGUAUAGUCUUUCUAAUUCAAUCUUCAGGUUAUGUUAGGAUCUCUAUCCCACUUACUGUCAAGCCUCAUUACUCAAUUUUUCAAAAAUUGAUACUUUGUAUUUUCAGGUCUUGCCAUUUUCAGAUAAACACUAUGUAAAAAAUCAAAUUUUAUGCUGCGUAAAAUAAAUUAUUAAUUCUUUCAGCCUA